GCAGAGGUAGGAUGACAAGUGGGAGCCGCAGAGCCUGACGGAUGGGAGUUCUACAGAGCGCAGCGCAGAUUGAAUGAUACAUAGUAGCAAAAGGGCGUGGGGCAGGGAGAGCAGCGGGCUGUGGGCGAGUCAGCGGUGGGACUCACAUCCAAUGAUCAAAGGGUCAGGGAAGCGCUAAUGGGAUGCAGCAACGUGUCAGGAAUAGCAGAAUUGUAAUGAGGCCAGACACAGGGUGGGAGGGGCGUGAGAGUGGGGAGAGCAGCAACAAGUGUCAGUGGGCUCAGGGGAAGGGAGAUGAUCAGACAGAAGGAGAGUCAUUCUGAUUAAUAAUACAUAGACUGGCUGCAGCUGCUCCUGCUCUCAUCAUAUCCUCCUCCUCCAGUUGUGCCACAGGAUCCAGCCAGAUAAGCAGCCACUUACCUGGAGUCUGGACCAUGGGACCCCUGCAGGAGAGCAAGAAGAUGCAGGAGAGAGAGCUUGCUCGCAGCCGCAUCCCUCGCCUGGUCCUGCGCCCUUACUUACCCAAACAGAAAAAGUCCCCGUCUUCCGAAUCUCCUUUCUCCGAGGAAGAGAGCAAAGAUUUCCAUUCCAGCCGAUCUGCAAGGACCAUAAGUAGCAACAGCUUCUGCUCAGAUGACACCGGUUGCCCCAGUAGCCAGUCGGUGUCCCCAGUGAAAACUCCCUCAGACGCCGGCCUCAGCCCAAUGGAAUUCUGCACUGGAAGUGAAGAUGAUUUUGGCCGUAAGAGAGUCAGUGUUGGCACCUUUGCCGAUACCAGUGCUCAGCCUGCCCGAUUCAAGAAGGAAAUGAAGAUUUGUCUCCUCAAGACAGGCAGUGAAGCUGAUUUCAGUUCGUCGAGCAGCACGGGAAGCAUUUCUGCACCAGAAGUCCAUAUGACGGCAAUGUCUGGGAAAAAGGCGUCUUUCUCACGCAAUCGUAUUUCCCAUGGAAAGGGUAAUACAGCCUCGUCCAGCAAACCUGGAAGUAGCCCACCUGGUGCACGGGACAAGGACCUUUUCUCAGCGCUGUGCAGGAAUCCAGUGAGCCCUGUUAAUGCCCAUGAUCCCUACGGGGUUUCAUCUGCCAGUAGCAGCAACUCCAGCUCAUACAAGGGGAGCGACACUAGCCCCACCCUGCGACGGACUUCGCGAUAUGCCUCCUGUGGUGAUAAUCAUGGGAUCAAACCGCCAUCCCCAGAGCAAUAUCUGACUCCGCUGCAGCAGAAAGAGGUGUCGAUUCGGCAUCUGAAGUCAAAACUGAAAGAAUCACAGAGCACUCUCGAAGACAGGGAAACAGAAAUUGUAGACUUAAAAUCUCAGCUGGCUCGUAUGCGAGAAGACUGGAUUGAAGAAGAAUGCCACCGCGUUGAGGCCCAACUUGCUCUUAAAGAAGCACGAAAAGAAAUAAAGCAGCUAAAACAGUUCAUCGAAACCAUGAAAAACAGCUUGGCCGAGAAAGACAAAGGGAUACAAAAAUAUUUCAUAGACAUAAAUAUUCAGAACAGGAAGUUAGAAACUUUGCUGCGAAGCAUGGAGUUGGCCCAAGACGGUGGUUUGAUGGAUGAGCCAUGUAUGGAUUAUAUUUGUAACUCGCCUGGGGCAUCCCUGACUGAAAGUGCCAUUUAUGACAAAAUGUCAGAAGGACUUUUACUAGAGGACCAAGCAACAGAAGAAAUGGCAGACUGUGACCUUCUCCUGAAUGAUGACCUUGCCAACAGAGAGGAUUUGUUUGAUGAGAUAAUGAUGGAGACCACCAGUGAACUUGGCAGCUUGGCUACCUUUGAGAUGUUUAAUGAGAAGACCAAUUCCAAAAGGAUCCAAAACUCACUCUGGAUGGAACAAGCUAUUCAAACUGACGUUGUUCCUUACAGCCUUGAUUUUGAAAAUACCAUUCUCAAGAUCUUUAAAGCAAAUAACGAUGGCAAGUCACAAAUUUUACGUGGUCUCCAUUUUAAGUGUUUAACGGGGCCGACAACAUUAGUAGACUUGACUCCAGAUGAUCCGAACUCUGCUAUUCUUUUAUCCCCUGAUUCUCUACAUAAAGAGCCCAUUCUUGGUGGCAAUGAAAGUUGUGCAGUAAAAGAACUGGACUUUGAGGCAGUUCCGUUGGAAGGGUUUGGUCAAGAAAAUGCCCGAGCCUGUGUGACUGAGAGUCAUUGGAGCAACCAUUUUUUCACAGAUCUGUUGGCAGUUGCCGUGCCUAUAAUUCCUACAGUCUUGUGGGCCCUGAAUACUCAAAGAGGAAACCCUGACCCCGUUUACAACAUUGGCACGAUGAUGCGUGGCUGUUGCUUGUUGGCUUUACAUUCCCUUAGAAAAUCAUCCAGCACCACCUCUAUCUAAGAUGGGGGAGCCCAAAUUUAGCCCAAAUGUUGGUAGUCACUUAGAGCACUUAUCAGAUUGAUUGAUUCAAUUUGUCCUAAAUGCACCUAAAGAUAGUUUGUUUGUUUUUUUUGUUGUUGCACUUUAUCACCCAGUUCACUUUAAACAAAAAUCUAUUUAAAAAAAAAAUUAAAUAUAUAUAUAAAUAUAUAAAAAGAGGAAAAAAAAAUUCCCUGAAUUGCACUAAAAAAAUUUUCAAAUGAAAUGCCUCAUGCUAAUUUUCUAAUUUAGAGCCUAAAUCUUGCACUUACGCAACCUGUUUCUAUUGUAGGGCUCAUGCUCCUCGUAGAAUCGCUUCAUGUGUUAUAUUUGCACGGUUUUUUUUUGUUUUUUCCUUUUUUCCCUUUAUUUUUUCCCUUUAUAUUUUCAGUAUGGGAAAUGUUUACAGCUUUCAGUGCGCUUGCAUUGUACUUUGUGCAUUAAGUAUUGGUGUCCAACGGUGGCGUUCUGCCUGAACUCCUGUGUUUGUCCAUUGUAUCCCUUGCCUUCAUAAUGGCCGCUUAUGCUAUGCUGUAGCUUCUGUAUGCUUGGCUGGAGGUCACGUGUCCUAUCCAUGGCUCCCUGUAUGUUUCCAUGCCGACCCCCGUGUACGUUAGUGCAUGUCCGUUUCUGUAUUUGUGUUUGAAGAGCUAAAGGCUGUUUGUUUACAACAUGAAAUAGCAUGGUGAAGUGUAAAUGUAUUUAUAGAUGUCCAUGUUUAAAGUGUAUAGUAAUUCUAAUAAAAACACUGCAAGUGGGCCGAUGUUAGAUUUUAUUGAAUAGAUGCCUAUUUCACGUGCGCUGUGCUUUCUCGGUAGAUGGUUACUGUCCGUGUCCGGUAAUCUGUUCCAAACAGGGUUGAGAAGAACACACAUUUCCUUUUUUUACUAAGCUGUAUAUGUUCCGCUAUUAUAUCGCUCCUCCAAUUCUUCUUCGUAUGUUUUUAAUCGAGUGUCUGUAUACAUAAAGGUCUUUUUAAUAUACUUACUGUUUAAUAAUUA